AUGGUUAGUUUCAUUUCUCUUUAGUUUCAAAUGAAAACAAUUCAAUUAAUUUUUCCAGGCUCCAAUUGAUUUGACACCAUUGAAGACUGCUAAUGUCCCAAUUUUCUUCAUUGUUGGUUAGUUUUUUUUUUCUGAAAUCUGAAUUUAAUUUUAAAUUCAAAAAAAAUAUGUACAGUGCGUCCAAUAAAGAUAGGACCCCCUAGAAUUUGAGAUUUCCAAUGAAACGGUUAUAGAUGACUGAUAUUUGAAAAUGGGAAUCGUUUUUGAAUUAAAAAAUAACCCAGGAAACACAUUCCUAUGAUUUGUGAGUUGUUUCAUCUACACGUGACGUGAAAAUGCUGAUUUUCGAGCGUCCAAUAAAGAUAGGACCCCCACCAAAAAAUGAGAAUUAGCCUCGAUUGUUAUGAAUAUUGAAUUGAGUUACCUAGAUAACGAUAUCGACAUGUGUUUUGAAUCAUAAAAUUCAAGAUAUAGUUCGCUCCGAACUUGUGAAUCAACAUUUCAUAAUUAUUCAAUUUUUCAUCAAAAAUCAGUAUUUAAAAGCUAAUCUUGAUUGAAUCACAGUUUUUAUGUCUAAUUCAUCACUAAAUUUGCAUUUUGAACUAUUGUUAACAAAUUCCGAUGUCAAAUUUCGAAUUUCUGAUGUUACGUUCCAGUCAUGUCCACUGAUCUUUUCGAUUCUAACAUCAAGAACAUCGAUUAAUUUUACAUUAUAAAGCUGAAAUUGGAUGAACAACGUAUUUUGAACCAUAUCUAAUCAUUUAAACAUUACUACUGAACUUAUUCACGCCUCUUUGAGAUUUGUUUCAAGAAAAAUCCAUUUCUCUUUAUUUGCAUCCUAUUUUUAAAUGUUUCAUGCCAUGAUUGAAAUAAGUUGAAUAAGAAAUGUUCAAAAUGUAGUUUGUUUGUUGGAGUAAAAUUUUUAACGCUCGCAAACAAUUAAUGAGCAAAUUCAUGAUCCAAAAUUUCAAAACAAUCAUUGUUCUUGAUGUUAGAAUCGAAAAGAUCAGUGGACAUGACUGGAACGUAACAUCAGAAAAUCGAAAUUUAACAUCGGAAUUUGUUAACAAUAGUUCAAAAUGCAAAUUUAGUGAUGAAUUAGACAUAAAAACUGUGAUUCAAUCAAGAUUAGCUUUUAAAUACUGAUUUUUGAUGAAAAAUUGAAUAAUUAUGAAAUGUUGAUUCACAAGUUCGGAGCGAACUAUAUCUUGAAUUUUAUGAUUCAAAACACAUGUCGAUAUCGUUAUCUAGGUAACUAAAUUCAAUAUUCAUAAAAAUCGAGGCUAUUUCUCAUUUUUUGGUGGGGGGUCCUAUCUUUAUUGGACGCUCGAAAAUCAGCAUUUUCACGUCACGUGUAGAUGAAACAACUCACAAAUCAUAGGAAUGUGUUUCCUGGGUUAUUUUUUAAUUCAAAAACGAUUCCCAUUUUCAAAUAUCAGUCAUCUAUCACCGUUUCAUUGGAAAUCUCAAAUUCUAGGGGGGUCCUAUCUUUAUUGGACGCACUGUAGUACGUAGAAAAAUCCAAACUUGUUGACAAAAUAUCCCCAUCUUAUGAAAAAUUAAUCAUAUUUUCCAGGAGGACCAGGAUCCGGAAAAGGAACUCAAUGCGACAAAAUCGUUGCCAAAUACGGUUUCACUCAUCUUUCAUCUGGUGAUUUGCUCAGAGAUGAAGUUGCAUCUGGAUCAGCUCGUGGAAAGGAACUCACAGCUAUCAUGGAAGCUGGAGCACUUGUCCCAUUGGUAUGAACUAAAUUGGGUUUUGGUAAAAAAAGAAAAGGGUUUAGAAAAAAUAAAAAAAAUCUAUUUUUUACAAUUAGGAUAUUUUUGAAAACAUUUAAAAACAUCUACAAAAUUCAAAACAAAUCUCUUCAUUUUUUCCAGGAGGUCGUUCUGACUUUGGUCAAGGAAGCCAUGUUGAAAGCUGUUGCCAAAGGAUCCAAAGGAUUUUUGAUUGACGGAUAUCCAAGAGAAGUUAGCCAAGGUGUCCAAUUCGAAAAUGAGGUGAGGUCUGAUUAUCUUCCCGCUCAACAAAGAAAAAAACUUGAUUUUUUUCUUUGAUAGCUUUUUUCAAUGAACAGAUAAAUUUUUCAUCCUAAAUUAAAUUGUUUCUGAUGUUUGUUUUUAUCAACGUGUUUCAUUUGUGAUAAACUUGCCAGACCACCCAUUGGGAAAAGAGUGGAGGGAAAGGAAAACGAGAAAUUGAUUAAAAGUUGGGGCUCUUGAACUUUUGAAAAGCCUAGAACUCUUGAAGCUUUCCGAAGGUUUAACUUUUCAAAUGAAUUUUAUUUCUUGGCUCAUCCAACUUUCAAUAAAUAAAUAAAUUUUCUCCAGAUUCAACCAGCCAAACUUGUUCUCUUCUUCGAUGUCGCUGAAGACACCUUGAUAAAACGUCUUCUUCAUCGCGCACAAACCAGUGGACGUGCUGAUGACAAUAUUGACACCAUCAAGAAACGUCUUCACACUUUUACCACAGCCACCAAACCAGUUGUUGAUCACUAUGAACAACAAGGAAAACUUGUCAAGGUAGACAUUUUUAUUCGGAAGAGGGAAAAGCUUAUAUUCAUCUCACAUAUUUGCAGAUCAAUGCUGAAGGAAGCGUUGACGAUAUUUUCGCCGUUGUCACAACAAAUUUGGACAAAGCAACAUCCAAGAUCUAA